CGAAAAAAGUAGCACACAGCCACACAAGCAGCGCCGCCGUCGGCUCGGGCGCGCUCCGCACGCUGUCACAUCGUGGCCACGACGAGGCAGCCUCGUCUGCGCCCACUGGUACGCCACCGAGCAGCAAGUGAGCCGAAUCAUCGGGCUGCCCAUCUACGCGACAGCCCAUACUCACGAACACGUAGACGCCCUCGACGCAACAGUAAGCCAUGGGGCAGCCCAUCUACGCGACGCCGACCAAGCCGUUCCUGACGAAUACUUAUCUUGAGCUCUACGUCAUUAUCGGGAUCACGAUCUUCAGCAGCACGGUCCUGUUCUGCAUUUUUAAAGACGUGAAGCGACGGGACGCGAUCCGGAGGACGCUGUCCGGCGCGCGGCUCUGCGGCAUGGACAAGGUGGCCUAAGAUGCGCAUUCUGCUCCUCGCGGCGGUCGCGGCGUACGACCCCGAGAACCGGGCGACGUACCUACCGACAAGAUACGACGAGAAGGCCGAUGACCUCGCGGCGCACGCGCAGCACCUCUUCGACCGGGCGGCGCGAGCUGCGUCGACGGCCCGGUGCCGGGCGCCCGUCGCGGGACACAAGCGGUCGGGCUUCGGCUCUUAUUUAAGGAUCCUCGCGCACGAGGCCGAGGAUUUGUUGAUACGAGGCCGCGCGCCGACGCCCUUACUGCAGCACGCUUUAUUAGAAAAAGGCGUCGGUAGUGUUGGAGACGGCCGGCCCUGCGCGAAGAAGCAGCUCUCGAGCUGCGUCUUCCACGACGCCUUCGUCGAGGCCAAGUCGUUGCCCAUAUGCCCUUGCGCGAAUCCCAACCCCGUGAAUUGCCGGGGCGAGCGCCACCGCGCCCUCCCCUACAAGGACGGCGAGGCGAAAAGAGCGGUCGAGGACUGGCGGCGCUUCGCCGAGACGUACCCGUUCUGGGCGUCCUCGGCCCUCUUUUCCGCUGUCUUACGACCGCAGAAGCGCCUCCGGGCGGCGAUCGCCGACGCUACUACGAAGCUCGGCGACGCGCCACGGCCGUGGGUCGCGGCCCACUUGAGGAGAGGCGACGCCUGCCGCGACGGCGCUUACAUGGGCCGCACGUGUAGCAGCGGCGACGACUACGCCCGGGCGUGCUGCGACGCGGGGCGGAAGUACGGCUUCGGCACGCUGAUCGUCGCGACGGACUCGAGUAGCGCCUUGGCGGAACUGACGGCGGCGCUCGCCGAGAGGAGGUGCCCCUUCACCGUCAAGGCGACCUCGGACACGUCCGUCGACGACAAGACGCGGGAGUCGGCGCGCGUCGAGGAUUUGCUCGAGUCCAACGUCCUCGACUCCGCGAAAGAGUUCGCCGGCGUCCUGGUGGACGUCUUCCUGCUCGCGUCCGGCGACGUCUAUAUCGGCAAGUUCACGUCGAAUCUGGAUCGCCUGGCCUACGCUUUACUCGUCGCCCGGAAGGGCGUCGCGGCGCCCUACGUAUCGUUGGAUACGGCCUGGUCGAAAGAUACACCCGCGUUGUUUGAUGCAGCAACACACCGACCGCUCCAAAAGCUCCUCAACGAGACGCUCCACAAGAGCCAGUUGCGCAACAUCACGCGCAAAAAAUUGCGGGUCGACGAGUGCCGCGCGCCGCGCGCGGUCGCGGGCUGGUCCGAGACGGGGAGUCGGUGGUGGUGCCCCGCGACUACUACUAGCGCGUAAGGGUGGUCUGUACUCCGGCGUUCGGAGGUUGCGCGCACGCUUUUCGAUGCUGGUAUCUCCUCAGGCAAAAACGUGCCCUUGGGCAGCCCUUUGGGUAGCACUCCAUGUACAUGCGUCAACCGAGC